AUGGAAGUUACCGCCCACCAAAUUACGCCAGACCAAAUAAGCACACAGCUUCACCGCCACGAGAAGAUCAUCAACAACAUGAAAUCUACCAAGUUUCAAAAACGGGAUUGGAACACAAUUCCACAAUCGGACCAUGCUCGGAAUACAGUCAACCCCAUCAGAAAAAUAGCUGAUGCUAUGAAUGUAGAGACCAAUCCCAAUAAGCCACUUAUCAAGCUUUCACUGGGAGACCCAUCCAUUUCUGGAAUCUUGCCAACUAGCGCAAUCGCUGAAGAGGCCAUUCGUGAAACCGUUGAAUCACACAAAUAUGACGGGUAUGGUCCCGCUGUUGGAGACAUCGCAGCUCGUCAAGCUGUAGUCACAAAAUACUCAACCACCGACGCUCCUUUCGCAGCUGAUGAUGUGAUCCUAGCCAGUGGAUGCUCUCAUGCUCUACAAAUGGCCAUAGAAGGGUUAGCCAAUGGAGGAGACAAUAUUCUUGUCCCUCACCCUGGUUUCCCACUUUAUUCAACUCUUUGCCGCCCACACGGAAUUGAAGAUCGCGCCUAUCAACUCGACAUGAUGAACGGAGGUUUAAUUGAUCUCGAUCAUCUUGAAUCUCUUAUUGAUGAACGUACAAAAGCCAUAAUCAUCAACAAUCCUGGAAAUCCAACAGGAGUUGUAAUGCCAAGAGAACAUUUGGAAGACGUUUUGCAGAUCGCUGCUCGUCAUAAAGUUGUGAUCAUUGCUGAUGAAAUUUAUGGAGACUUAGUAUAUGAUGGAGCUGAAUUCUGUCCAAUGUCUUCGUUGUCGCCCAAGGUCCCAAUUAUCACUUGCGACGGAAUCGCCAAGAGAUGGAUGGCACCAGGAUGGAGAUUAGGAUGGCUUAUUGUUCAUAAUAGACAUGGUGUUCUAUCCGAAGUCAAAAAAGGACUUGUAGCUCUUUCCCAAAAAAUUGUGGGACCAUGCUCAAUUGUUCAAGGAGCUCUGCCAAAAAUUCUUUUGGAGACACCUGAAUCGUACUUUGAAUACAACCGUAGCGUCAUCUCCAGAAAUGCUAAAAUUAUUACGAAUGCCCUCAAGAACGUGCCCGGUAUUCGUACUCUCCGUCCCCAAGGAGCUAUGUAUUUGAUGGUGGGAAUCGACAAGUCGAUCUACGGAGAUGAUUUAGUAUUUUCUCAGAAACUCGCUAGGGAUGAAAGUUUGAUUGUUCUACCUGGUGGAGCUUUCUCAGUUCCUGGAUGGAUCCGUCUGGUUAUCACAUAUCCAGAAGAUAUCAUGGUUGAGUCAGCUCACAGAAUUCAAAACUUCUGCGCCAGCUUAUUAGCAACUGGAACAGCUGAAGUUGACUCUUCGGAUGAGGGCUGUGAUAUAUCCAGCUCAGACCCCGAAAUAUAG